AUGUUUGGCGUCGCGUUGUUGACGAGCACGCUUCUUGCGUUCACGGAAUCACGUAUUUACGAUAGCUGCGAACUCGCCCGUGAUUUUCUUAAACUUGGCGUUAGCAAAGAGCAUAUCGCGACGUGGGUGUGCAUCGCUUAUCACGAAUCGCGAUUUGACACUACCGCUCGUAACCCCAAUAGCGGUGAUCAUGGAUUGCUACAAAUCAGUGAAUUAUAUUGGUGCGGUCCUGGCAAGGCAUGUGGUGUCUCCUGUUCAGCGUUCAGGGAUGAUGAUAUUUCCGAUGACGUAGAAUGUGCAUUAAAAAUACACGAAGAGCAUACAAGAUUACAAGGUGACGGCUUUUUAGCCUGGGUAGUUUAUCCUCAUUAUUGCAAACACAAUGCCAAGAAAUAUCUUGCGAACUGUGAUGUUUUUUUAAAAGAUACGUCGUAUAAAUUAGAAGAACGUGGACGUUUUUUAAAAUCACAAUAUCAUGGGCGCAUGGAGCCUACUCCAUUUUUUAAGAAAUAUACAAAUAUUGACGAACUGCAGCCACCGAAUAUUCCAAUUAAUACGCUUUUACGGGGCAUCUAUAACGACAAUGAGGAAGAUACUAAAUUUACAAAUAUUAUAAAAGAAAAGAAUACCAGAAAUUUUAUGACUCGGAGCCAAAAUAUUAAUAAAAAUCCACAAUUCGACUGGGUAAAUACAAUAUCAACUAUAUCCAAUAAAGACACUUCAAAUGUAAAAAUUACUAAUAUAGAUGACCUUAUGCCUCCUGUUUUUGGUACAGGAGUUUUGACAAUGCCAUUGACAACUACCACUAUUCGCACUACCACUAUAGAUCCUGCUUUAAUAGGAAUAAAACCUCCCAAUCCCCGAAAAAUAGAAACUAAUCAGUUUAGACGACGAAUGAUGUCUUUAAAAAACAAUUACAUACAAAAUAGUAGUGUAAAACUUUAUAACUUUACAAAGCUUAGCCUUCCAGCAGAAGUGAGAAAUACUUCUAGUGUCAGAACUUUACCUAAAUCUGAUGACCACCAAAAAGGAGAAGUAAAUGUAGUUUCGUCAUUUAAAAUAAUCCAUACAGAUAACAAAAAAGAGGUAAAUUAUAACAAUUCACUCACAUCCAGUCGAUUUACAGGACCUCAAAUAAAUGGUAAUUUGUCAACAAGUUACGUAACUCCAAAAGAAAUGGUUGUGUCGACAACAACUGGUAACAAGUUACAAGUAAACAAUCAGACCAAAAAGAUAUCAAAUAAUAUAACAACAAACAACAUAACUUCGUUCAGACACACCGAUUUAGUGAAGCCGAUCGAUACGACUGAAAAAUACAAGAGCACAGAGAUGCCUACAACUACUGAAUUCAAUAGAAGGAGAUUUUAUUUUACACCACCUCAGGUGGAAAAAACUACUCAAUAUCCACGUACAUUAGGACCUUGGAUGUCAAGAUCAACCCAUGUCACGUCAAGAUCAUCACAAACUGACAGUUCCACGUUGAGACCAAAAAUAUCAUUACCGAAACUUAAAAGUACGAGCUUAAGCUCAACAAGUAUUUCGGUUACAGAAAGAACUGUUAGAACAACACAAUCAAUAUUUGACUUUUAUUUGAAUCCAACAAAGCGACCGAAUAUAAUAUUUCAAUUCCCAGAAUUCCCAGAGAGUCCAUAUAAAGUAAGAAUAUUUUCCGGAGGAACUACAACACUGUCGCCUUCUUUUUUAAAUUCUCGACACCCAUAG